AUGUACAACUGUCUAUAUGUCAUUCUCAUUCUAAUAAUUAUUAUUUAUCAUAUUUAUGCUUGGUCAUCUAUUCCUUCUCAUUGUCUUAUACAUCUUCGUCAUCAUCAACCAUCUGUAGGACAUCAUUUAUUACGUAUUGAACAUUCAAUUCAUAAUGAACAAAUAUGUGAACAUAAAUGUUCAAGUAAUCAUUUAUGUUCAAUGGCAACAUAUAAUAGACGAUAUCAUCGUUGUCAUCUAUUUCGACAUAAUAAUAAACAUUCGAUAUCUCAUCCAUAUCGAUCAAAUAAUGUUUAUUCAACAUUUGCUGAUUGUCCAGGAAUAUUUUCUUUAUCUCAUACGGCACAAACACGAGUGUCAAUUGUUCAUUGUGAUUAUGAUUCAUUACCAUGGCAACGUGCUCUUAGAUCAAGAUCAAUUAUAUUUCAAUCAUAUACAUUAAUUGGUAUAUCUUAUUUACCUUGUCAAGAACUUUGUUCGUCUGUUCGUCAUUGUGCGGCUGUACAAUAUCAAGCUCGUGGCUUAUAUCGAAAUCGAUGUCGUUUAUUACGUUCAGCUAAACCAUGGGAUCUUCUACCAAGUAAAGGAUGGACUGUAUUUGUUAAACGAUCAUGUCAUGUAAAGAUUAGUCAUAAUGAACUUUUCCUUCGACAUCAUCAACCUUUAUGUAGUUUUAAAUAUGUUGGUCAAGGUCAACAUAAACAUAAUCAAGGAAUGAUUCAUACAUUUCGUCAUAUAUCCGAAACUCAAUGUCAAUAUUUAUGUUCAAAAAUAAUUAAUUGUGUUGGUAUUGAAUUUAUUGAAAGACAAUCUCAAUGUAUUCUUCUUUCUCCUAAUUUUCUUCGAAAUGAUGGUUCUAUUGAUGUAAAAAAUCAUUAUCAUCAUCAUAUUUAUAUGAAAAUGUCAUGUAGUACAUCUAACCAUAUUCUACCUGACCUAAGUUUAUCAAAAUGUUCUAUAAAUGAUUUACAUUGUGGUUGUCAUCAAAAUCCAUGUCAUCAUGGUACAUGUUUAUCCCAACAACGAGAAGGAUAUCAUUAUAUGUUUUGUAAUUGUUAUCAUGGUUUUACUGGUCAUUUAUGUGAUCAACAUAUAGAUAGAAUCUGUCCAUGUUUAAAUGGCGGUAUAUGUCUUAAUGAUCAUUCAGGAUGUACAUGUUCAAAUGGAUAUGAUGGUGAUUUUUGUCAGAUCAUAUCUGAUAAAAGAUAA